AGUACAUUAGUGGCGCCCCACUUAACGAAGGUUGAAUUCAUUUCAUGGCGAUUUUUCUUGAAUUGUUGAUUUCUAACGCUGGAUAUUUUGUGUCUUUGAAUUUCAAAGCAUUCAACCUUCUCUGGGUUAUUUUUUUCUGCCAAAGUGGCCUAUAUAUGCUGAAAGAAUUUCAAGCAUUGGCCAGAGGGAUGGACAAUGCUUGAAUUUGAAUUGACAUCUUGAAUUUGAUUGAAUUUGUUUUGAAAUUUUGAAUCUGUCUGAGAACUGCAGAUUUUAUUGGAUGCUAUAUUGGUUAUUCUGGUGGUCAGCCAUUAUUGAAAGAAAUGUUAAAAGCAAAAUAUCCCUUGCAAGCACCACAUCCCAAAGCUCUGUCAUUUUCUGCGGGUGAUAGGUUUUUGCCGCUUCAUUCUCCAAAUAAGGAAAAAGAAUGGUGGCUUGUGCUGUCCAAAGAUGCAGAAGUUGGAUACAUUCCAAUGAAUUAUGUGUUAUACCUUCCAGCCACCACUGCAGACAUCACUGGUUUCCUGCAGCGGGGCAGCGACCGGCUGGUGUCCAGCAGCCUCUCUGCUGACCAGCAGGCCGUCCAGCGGCGGCGGCUGGUGCAGCUCGCGCAGCGGUACCGCGCGCGCGACACGGCCGGCGACCAGCUGUACCGGCUGGAGGAGCCGGCCGCGCGACCCGUCUCCUCGCUCAGCCUCUUCCCAGAUGACGAGAGCAAUACUACCGAACACGUGCAGACGAACGGCGAUGACCGGGAGGCGACUCCGGUCCCGGAGCCGCAGCCGGAGCGGGAGCGGCCGCUGCCGGCGGCGUUCGGUCGCAGUCUGGUGGACCUGGUGCGGCAGCACACCUCUGCCAGCCACCAGGCCUGCCAGGCUACCGUCCAGGCGCUGAUGGGAGCCCUCAAACAGGCGGCGCCCUCCGUACAGCCGGUGGUGGACCAGGUGCUCUCGCAGCUCAGCUCGGCGGACCGGGACGCCGCCGAGCUGCUCAGCUCUCCGGACGGCCGCCGGCUGCGCGUCAUCCUGGAGGAGAUGACCAGCUGCGCCGACGACCAGCAGCAGCGCAGCUGGCAGCUGCACUGCGACGAGCCGGCCAUCAUCGAGUACCUGCAGGAGCUCAGCACCAUUCUGACGAACGCGGACCCGUGCGUGUCUCGUCGGGCGCUCGAGUCGGACCAGAUGUCGGGGGUGCUGGCGCUGGCCCGACUGUACCAGAUGGAGCCGCGCUGGCUGAUCCGUCAGCCGCUGACCCAGGCGCUGGGACUGGCGUGCGGCCUGCACCGGGACUGCAUCAGCCUGCUGCUCAGCUCCGUACUGCCAUCGGAACUGGCCAGGGAUAUGCAGAGCUCUGUCACGGACGAUAUCCGUCUGAGCCACUCUGCCCUGCUGCUCUCUAUGAUUCUCUGCAUGGGAGAGAAGCUGCCUCACUGUCACAUGGAGAUGCUGGGCGCCGGGUUCGUGUCGUUCCUGCUGGAGACGCUGGAGCGGCCGCCGCCGGAGGUCUCUGACGACACGGCGGACCUACUGCUGACGGUGCUGCUGGCGCUGAACCUGCAGUACGGCUCGCCGACCGAGAACCAGCUGCUGGCCGCCCUCCGGCAGCGAGACUGCGCCAGGGUCUUCACUGAGAAGGUCAUGCUGCUCUUCAACAGAGAGGAGGACCCGGUGCGCGUGUUUGACCACGAGCCGGCGCCGGCCCACUCGGUGGUCAAACUGAUGGUGGAUCUGUUCUCGGAGCCGGCCAGCACGCGGCUCUUCUACACCAACGACGUGCGGGUGCUGGUGGAUAUCGUGGUGCGCAACCUGGCCGACCUGUCGCCCGGCGAUCCGCGUCGUCACGAGUACCUGCGUCUGUGCGGCCGGCUGCUGGCCUCUGAGGGAUACAGCGAGCACGGCCACCGCUCCGCCGACAUCCUGAUCUGCCUGCGGAGGAUAGCCACAGAGGAGGAGAUGGACGGGGACGAGACACAGCCGCGGGACCGGCAGCUGGCGACCACCACACUGGCCCUGCACGGGGAGAUGCUGGAGGCGCUCUGAGAGGGGGAGGGGUAGGAAGACCGGCAGCUGGCGACCACCACACUGGCGCUGCACGGGGAGAUGCUGGAGGCGCUCUGAGAGGGGGGAGGGGAGGGACACUGGCAACCACCACACUGGCGCUGCACGAGGAGAUGUUGGAGGCGCUCUGAGAGGGGGGAGGGGAGGGACACUGGCAACCACCACACUGGCGCUGCACGAGGAGAUGUUGGAGGCGCUCUGAGAGGGGGAGAGGGAAAGGUGAGAGUUUUAGGGAUGGGAGGGAGGAGAGGAUCGAUGGAGAGAGGCUGGGUGGAAAGAUGGGCUGGAGAGACGCGAUAUAAGGAAGAUGGACGCGGAGCGGGAAGGCAGUGAAGUAACCUGCUGUCAUAGUGGGGUGAUAUGUUUCGUUCUCGUGAACGUUAGUCAUAAUUGGUCGGGUUUAGAGCCUGGUAAAGUCGAGACUAGUCUAAGGUGCAGCCAAAAGAAGAGGCAGUUUGGAAGGGCUGCUUUGUGCGAGUUUGGAAACCAAGAGCUUCUUCGCUGUGUUAGGAUGGCAGGCGCUUGGUCAAAAGACAGGGUCAGCUGUCAGGACGGUGUCACGCCAAGAAAUGACUGAUCUCUGUAGGAUCUGACUGAGACUGAGGGCGCAGUGCAGGGAGUGACUGCCUUCCAGAGUGGCAAACGGGGAGGGUGAACAGUGGGCUCCCCGAGCCGGGAUAGGAUAAGACGUUGGCGCCGUUUAGUGAUCCAAGUAGAAGGUAGUGAUGCAGCGUUUAUUGUUAGAAUUGUCUUGAACGGAUUCUGUGUGUUUGUUUGUUCUGAAGAUCAAAAGCCUUUCGGGAUUGAUCUUGUACCCAGUCAAGAUCGCUAAGGAAGAAACCGGCUAGACGGACAGCUCGGUGAAGUUGUUUCCGAGGUCUUGUUGGCAUAAGAGACAUUGCCGUAGUCCGUGCCAGAUGGAGCCGCAUUUCGUCCUUUGGUCGGCCAUGUCGCGGUCUGGCGGUACUAGGGUACUCCAGUGCUGAUGUGGGGGCGUUUAUUAGUCCCAUGACGGCGGUAUAUUUACGUUGGUGUUCGGCGUCACUGGGACGCACGGAUUCGGUGAUUCAUCAGACCGUGGCCAUGAGUUGUCUGUGGACUUGUCUGGUCAGACUGAGCAGACUUCUAGAGACCAGCGACAUACCAAAGUCUGUAAUCAGUCUGCCGCCCAGUAUUCCAAAUGUGACACUGAUCAGGGCUCCGACUUCUGCCAGCAAUGUGUGCGUCGCGUAGUUUCAUCAGUGAGCCUUUUAGCUGGGGUGUGGGCCUACCUAAUGUAUGGUCUUAUCCCUCCGCUCCUUUUGACAAUCAUCCCGCCGGCUCCUCUGAGGAACCGGAUAUGAGGAACUUAAUCGUGUACGUUAUUAAUUGUGAUGCCACGGGCCCGAUUAUGCCGGUAACUGUGUACUCCGGCGCCCCUCUCGUACUGCCUUUUUGUGCGCGUUAACUGCCGAUUUGCUGGAGACGCUGUGCUUGCGCGUUGCUUGUGCAAGUCGUGCAGUGAGUGAUGAGACCUAGUCCAGCGCGGCGGGGAUACUGUGUUGCGUGUGUGCGAUGGCUAUGCUUGUUGGAUGUGUUGAAUGCUGCUGCUUGGCUAUGCUAGUGUUGGCGGCAGUCUCGUGUAAAUGGAGGAAGAAUACUCAGAAUCGAGGAA